UCUAUUUAUAAGUAGUAGAACCAGAUCUAGAUUGAAAGAAGAAGAAGAGAGUAGUGAGUAGUGAGUAGUGAGUGAGAGUUUGAAGAUGGUUUUGUUAGACAAGAUUUGGGAUGAUGUUAUGGCAGGACCUCACCCUGAACGAGGCCUCGAGAAGCUCAGGAAGAUCCCUACUCCUCUUAACAUCAAAGAUGAAGGAGAGGGGAGUACGAUUCAGAGGUCGUUGUCGAUGCCGGCGAGUCCGGUGACGCCGAUGACGCCGACAACACCGUCACCAACGGCGGCGCGUAAAGAUAACGUGUGGAGAAGUGUGUUUCACCCAGGUAGCAACAUUGCGACGAAGCGUAUUGGUGCUGAGAUGUUCGACAAGCCACACCCAAACUCUCCCACUGUUUAUGACUGGACCCUCCAUUGGACACUCUUGGCUUUAGAUCGAUAGCACUCACCAGAUGAGGCUCUACAGUGCGGAGACUAGAAGCAAGCAUCGCUGAGAGGAGAGAGAGAGGGGGAGAGAGCGUUACCGACUGGUGCAUGUAAAUAGUGUCCUUUCCUUUUCAAUGCCCGCCACGUGUCGUGGUGGUUGCGAAUGGUGUUUUGUGAUUACGUGUCCUGACUAUGUUUGUGAGUGGGAGUUAUGCUAAGGUGUUUUUGAUUGGAACGGUUUGAUGGUGUGAGCGAGUCCUUUUCAGUGUAUGAUCUGCCGUGGACGGUUGUGAUGAGCUGCUUUCAUUAUUACAUAAAUAAAUUCAAUGUGUUUGUCCUUUUC